AUGAAAGCCUCACACUUUGUUGCAUUCCUCCCCACCGCCGGACUGGUCGCAGGGAUGCCCCAUCAAGCCCGCGACCUCUGCGCCGGACUCCCCACCACCGGAGUGCUCAGCGCCGCCACCAACCUGCUCUGCGAGAAGAUCACCCUGACCAACUCAGGCUGCUCAGUGCAUGUGAAGUUCCCCUGGGAUCUACCCAAGAGCUCCUUCACCUUGGAGGAUGAUACCUCGAAGACCUUCCUCGCUCAGCGCGGCCAGACGAUCCAGCUGGACGCCCAGCCAAAAACCGACCACUCCGCCGCCACCUGGACAGGGACCAGCGGGGGGACCAACCCCACGACUUACAAGGUACCCCUGGUGGGCGACCUCCCGGAUAUCAAGGUGUCGUGUCCCGAGACCUGCGUGGCGACGGACAAGAUUUGUAAUAUCAAUGAUCCAGGGAUGUGUUGUUCGCGGACUUGUGGGGUUAAGCCUCAGAUUGGGCCGGGGUAUUUCUGUUAUUAG